AUGGCUGGAGCCGAAUUCUCCAUAGGUGCGCUUUGUUUAAUAGUUCUUCUAGCUUAUGGUACCCUACAUUGUGUCCAAGGGGCAGAUUCUAUACCAGGUCUUGGUAUUAAUUGGGGUGCUCUUGCAUCAAACCCUAUGGAUCCUAAUAUUGUUGCAAAUAUGUUGAAGGACAAUGGAAUCAAGAAGGUGAAACUUUUCGAUGCAGAUCCUUGGAUCGUUAGUGCUUUUUCCGGAGACUUUGAAGUCAUGGUUGGAAUUCCUAAUGAUCAACUAAGUAAAUUUGCUGGAAGUCUUGGAGAUGCCGAAGAUUGGGUAAAAGAAAAUCUCACCAAACAUCUUCACAACGGGGGCGUGAAUAUCAGAUAUGUAGCAGUUGGAAACGAACCAUUCUUGACAAGCUACGGUGAUAAAUAUGUGAAGAAAACAUUUCCAGCUAUGCAAAACAUUCAAAAGGCUAUUGAUAAAGCUGGACAUGGAGAAGUGAAGGUGACGACAGCUUUGAAUGCAGAUGUUUAUGAAUCUCAAACAAACAAACCGUCGGAUGGAGAUUUUCGAGACAACAUUCGUGAUGUUAUGAAACAAAUUAUCCAAUUUCUUCACGAAAAGAAGUCGCCGUUUCUUGUCAACAUUUACCCUUUCCUUAGUCUAUAUCAAAGUGAAGGUUUUCCAGAAGAUUUUGCAUUCUUUGGUACCCAUAGCAUGACAAUUAGUGACAAAAAUGCACAAUAUAGCAAUGUCUUUGAUGCAAAUUUAGAUACACUUGCUUGGGCAUUAAAAAAGUCUGGUUACUCUGACAUAAAAAUUGUUGUUGGUGAAAUUGGUUGGCCAACUGAUGGUAAUAAAAAUGCUAAUGUUAACAAUGCAAAAAGAUUUUACCAAGGGUUUCUUAAAAAUAUGGCUAGCAAAAAGGGUACUCCAAUGCUCCCCGGACAUAUGGAUGCAUAUCUAUUUUCUCUUUUUGACGAGAAUUUAAAGAGUAUUGAUCCUGGUAAUUUUGAACGUCAUUGGGGAAUUUAUCGCUACGAUGGAAAGCCGAAGUUUCCUAUAGAUUUUUCUGGUAAAGGAGAAGAAAAAUUGCCACAAUCAGCGAAGGGUGUUCGAUACCAAGAACAUAAAUGGUGUGUCCUAAAUGCAGAUGUUAAGAAUAUGUCUUUGAUCCCGCCGGCAUUAGACUAUGCUUGUGCUGGUGCUGACUGUACAAGUUUAGGAUAUGGUUGUUCUUGUGGAAAUUUGGGAUUAGCUGGUAAUGCAUCUUUUGCUUUUAACCAGUUUUUUCAAACUAGAGACCAAAGUGUUGAAGCAUGCGAUUUCAAUGGAUUGGGUAGUAUUGUUACACAGGAUCCAUCAAAGGGAACUUGUUUGUUCCCUAUAGAACUUGAGAGCAAUAAUGGAGAUAUGCUAACAACAAUGCGUAUUAUGGCAAGCAUGUUGAUUGGAUUGUCGAUAUUUUUUAUAACAUUAUGA